CCAUUCCCUGUUCCAUUCUUCAUCCAAAAAGUUCCAUCAAAUGGAGUUUACCAAAUUUCUCUUCAUUUUCAUUCUUUUACCUUUCUACCAAGUUCUCUCCUUCUAUGAACAUAAUAAUUUCCAUCCAUACCAAACAUCCUAUACUCUUGAUCCUCAUGCCAUGAUCAUUCAAGCUUGUAACAACAUCCAAAACCAAGCCUUAUGCCUCUCACACAUACAAUCCAACCUUGAUAAUCCUGGUCAUAGGGACCCCAAUUCAAUCCUCAGAGCGGCCGUUCACAACUCCCUCAAUCAGGCAAAGCUAGCCAUUCAAUCAAUCACAAAAUUCAGCACCUUAUCAGCUUCAUCCCGGGAUCAAAUGGCCAUCGAAGAUUGUCAAGAACUUCUCGAUUUCUCGGUCACUGAACUAGCAUGGUCCUUAGGUGAAAUGAGAAAAAUCCGAGCCGGUUCAAGGAACGUCCAUUAUGAGGGAAACCUCAAGGCAUGGCUGAGUGCUGCAUUGAGUAAUCAAGAUACAUGUUUAGAAGGAUUCGAAGGCACGGAUCGACACCUCGAAAACUUCAUCAAGGGAAGUUUAACACAAGUCACUCAACUCAUUAGCAAUGUUCUAACUUUGUAUGUUCAAUUGAAUAGCUUGCCAUUUAAACAACCAAGAAAUGAGAGUAUAAGACAUGAAACUCCAAAAUAUCCAGAGUGGAUGACUAAUGGUGACAAGGAGAUGCUAGUUUCUAGUCCAAAUGGAAUGCAUGUAGAUGCUGUUGUAGCCUUAGAUGGAAGUGGCCGUUAUCGGUCGAUUGCACAGGCUGUGAAUGAGGCUCCUAGCCAUAGUAACAGGAGAUAUGUGAUCUACGUGAAGAGGGGAAUUUACCAUGAAAAUAUUGAUUUGAAGAAGAAAAAGACCAAUAUCAUGCUUGUGGGAGAUGGGAUUGGAGCCACUGUUAUUACUGGUAACAGAAAUUUCAUGCAAGGGUGGACUACAUUUCGAACUGCAACUGUUGGUACGUACUUUUCUGAUGAACCCUUUUUCUUUAUGUUCUUUCGCAACACUGCUGGGCCCAAAACUUUCCAAGGCGUGGCCCUUCGUGUGGACUCAGACCAAUCGGCCUUCUUCAGGUGCAGCAUGGAAGGAUAUCAAGACACACUUUACGCCCAUUCACUCCGUCAAUUCUAUCGCGAAUGCAGCAUUUACGGUACCAUAGAUUUCAUUUUUGGCAAUGGCGCUGCAGUUCUCCAAAACUGCAAGAUUUUCACUAGAGAGCCACUUCCUCAACAAAAGAUCACAAUCACAGCCCAAGGUCGAAAAAGCCCAGACCAAAGCACUGGAUUCUCAAUCCAAGAUAGUCAUAUUUAUACUACUAGGCCCACUUAUUUGGGCAGGCCCUGGAAAAUGUAUUCAAGAACUGUGUACAUGAAUACUUAUAUGAGUGGUAUGGUCCAGCCUAGAGGAUGGUUGGAGUGGUAUGGGAACUUUGCUUUGAAUAGUUUGUGGUAUGGUGAGUAUAAGAAUUAUGGGCCUGGAUCAUCACUUUCGGGUCGGGUUAAGUGGCCCGGUCACCAUAUUAUUAAGGAUCCUUCAACAGCUGGUUUCUUCACUGUUCAACAUUUCAUUGAUGGCAUGUCGUGGUUGCCUGCCACUGGCGUCCACUUCUCAGCUGGUCUUACCAAUUAGUUUGCAGUAACGCAAUUAUAGUACAUUGUUUAGUGGAAUGAAAUGAUGUUUAUAUCAUUAAUUUUUUAUAUAUUGUGUGUGUAUAAUUAUAUUCAAAGACAUUUAUUGGAAAAUAAGGAUUUUUUUUA